ACACCUUUUAACAAAGUCAAGAGAAUUUUGACCAGGUUGCACAUAUAAAAAGAGGCAAAACAUCAGAAGAAAUAAACUCUUGGAAUAGGAGUUCAUUUUGCUAGAUUCUGAACCCCCCCACUCCAACCCCAUCCCAUCCACCACCCACCUUAAUGACUCAAGAAAGCAUGCUUUGGUCUCUGGCAAGACAGACAGCAGACUGAGAAUUGACGGUCAAUGUUUGUCCGGUGGCUGGCAGGGCACAACACUCUAGUUUACCUGUGAAUUUGUGACUGAGUUCAAAAUUUUUGAUGCUUGACUGACUGCGUCAAACAAGGAGGCGCCUUCUUCAAAAGCUCAGUAGCUCCAUUUCUAAACAAUAGAUGGAAUCUAACACAACAAGCAAUAAAAAAAUACUUUGACAGAGGCUUAAGCUAAAUAAAUAAAAAGUGUUGAAAUUGAUUCUUCUGCCAAUAACACCUGGUCAUUGCUGCAGCAUCUGACUGUCAUUUUAUAAAAGACUGAAAAUGUUUCCCUGCAGAGACACUUGUGCUGGGAAAUUGUUCUAUAUUUAACAAGAAAAUUGAUCGGCGUGACUCAAACCAUCAACGUUUUGAUAGAUAGUUUGUACGCAUGGUCGCAUCACAGCUAAAGGGCUCGUGCGUAAAAUCUUCCUGUGCGUCUGCUCCAAACUUGUGCGCUUUUUGGAGAUCUCAAGGAAAAAGAAGUUAUUUGUUAAAUAAAUGUAUUUUUGUUACAAAAAAAUAAUAAAUUUAAAUAUUCCCCAAACAAAUAGUUGUAAGUUUUAGACUUUAGAGUAAAAUAAAAAUAAAGAGAAACAUCUGGACAAACUCUAAAUAUGAAUUAUGCAUGCACGGAUCAAUAACUUUUAAUUGUUGGUGCUGCAUUAACUGGUAAAUUCUCCAGCUUUCAUUUGAAAAUACGCAUUUGAAGACUAAAUAAACCGAGAAUUAAGAGAGGAAGUCUGAAAACACCCAGAGGAUCGGCAGCCAGCGGAGCAGAGCGCAACAUCUCCCCCGCUGGAGAGAGCCGGCUGCCCGGCUUGGCUGUGCUGUUCGUCAGCGCAGCAUCUGCCCCGCUGUUGACAGAUUCACACGAUACUGACCGAGGAUGGGUGGCGUUUCACGGGGGUAAAGAGGGAAAAAAAGAAAAGAAAGAAAGAAAAACCUCUUCCGAGUGUCCAAACACCUUUUUAUAAGUCUGAAGUCUGUCCCCUCCGCCCGACCUGUCAAAACCACGCCCACAGCGCCUCACAAUUGGUCCGAAAGCGUGAAAGAGCCAAUCAAACGGAGCGCUGCUCCUCGUAACACGCAACACAUCCAUACACUAUGAAGCCCUAUGGGCCACAGAGGCGCUAGGAAAAUCACGGAGCUGGGACCUUACCACCUCUUUCUCUCUUCCUCUCUCCGGACUCCCUUCUCUGCACACGUCUCCCUCUGAAAAAGUGUGUGCGCGCGCGGCAGGGAGAGGAGGGAUAGAGUGAGUGUGUGCGCAUCAGAGUGCAUGUCCGGAGCGCGUAAAGGCAGAGAGGGGGGGGAGGAUUAUUCGGCGGCGCUAUCGAAAUAUUUCAACACUCGCAGCAGGACCGAAGCCAAUAAGAAGGAACGCUUUUUAACAGGAAUGCCGAUAUUUUGAACGGCGGCGGAGGAGGAAGAAUGCGCCGCGGACAAUUAAGUGACUCACCCCGGUCCGUCCAGAUCAACUAAUGUCCGAAAGCCAGCGCGACAACACAGGGGUGUCAGAUGAGUGUCAGCCUCCGAAGUGAAGCGGCUCUGAAGAUUAAUGGAGAUCCUUUUUUGCUUUUCAAAGUUUUCAUCCUAAACCUCAACAGCGGACUAUUUCAGAACUUGUGAAAAAUAUUGGAUGUUUCUUCCUGUUGCGCCAAAGGAGGGAUUCUGGUUUCUUUUCAAACUUUUUUAUUAUUUGCUUUAAUCUUAUUUUCACUCCAAGUUGCUGCUCUUCUUGAAAGCUUUCGCUGCUUCAAGAAACCCAUACGCACGAUCGUCUCCAUUUGUUGCCUGCACUUGGAUGAACUUCCUGAUGAGAGAUCCAGUCAUACAGGGCUCAAGUAUGGCAUAUCAUCCGUUUAUACCUCACCGGGGUCCGGAAUUUGCCAUGAGUGCAAUGCUGGGUCACCAGCCUCCGUUCUUCCCGGCUCUGGCGCUGCCUCCCAACGGCUCCCUGUCUCUGCCGGGCGCGCUGGGGAAGCCGAUCAUGGACCAGCUCAUGGGAGCCGCGGAGACCGGCCUCCACUUCUCCUCGCUGGGACACCAGGCUGCAGCCGCCCACCUGAGGCCCAUGAAGAGCCUGGAGCCCGAGGAAGAGGUGGAGGACGACCCUAAAGUUCACUUGGAAGCCAAGGAGCUCUGGGAACUUUUCCACAAGAAGGGCACCGAGAUGGUGAUCACAAAAUCCGGAAGGAGGAUGUUUCCUCCCUUCAAAGUGAGGUGCACUGGUCUGGACAAGAAGGCCAAGUAUAUACUCUUGAUGGAUAUAGUUGCAGCCGACGACUGCAGGUACAAGUUUCACAAUUCGCGGUGGAUGGUGGCAGGAAAGGCCGACCCCGAAAUGCCAAAGAGGAUGUACAUUCACCCGGACAGUCCAGCAACUGGGGAGCAGUGGAUGUCAAAAGUUGUUAAUUUUCACAAACUCAAGCUGACUAAUAACAUCUCCGACAAGCAUGGAUUUGUAAGUUCAACUAAUACUAUUCUUAACUCCAUGCACAAAUAUCAGCCUCGCUUUCACAUUGUGCGGGCAAACGAUAUUCUCAAGCUCCCGUACAGCACCUUCAGAACUUAUGUUUUCCCCGAAACGGAUUUCAUCGCCGUGACUGCCUAUCAAAAUGACAAGAUAACUCAACUGAAAAUCGAUCAUAAUCCGUUUGCUAAAGGAUUUCGUGACACCGGCAAUGGGAGACGAGAGAAGAGGAAACAGCUGGCCCUUCAAUCCAUGCGUUCCUACGAGGAGCAGCAAAAAAAGGAAAACGGCGCUUCAGACGACUCUUCAGGCGAGCAGGCUCCCUUUAAGUGCUUCGGCCAGGCCUCCUCCCCUGCUGUUUCCACCGUGGGUCCCCCACACCUGAAAGAUUUCUGCGACAGCGACGAGGACAGCGAUGACGAGAGCAAGGAUGGACACAACAAAGACGGGCCGGACUCCAGCAAGAUUUCCACAACCACCGACGACGGGAAGGACCACGAGGCCAGCCCGGUGAAGGGGGGCAAUGCCCUCACGAACGACUCUGCCGGCAGGAUCCGUGAAACCGGCCCGAGAACUGAGAAAACCCCGGCAGACUCACGGCAGAGCCCCAUCACGGUCAUCUCCAGCACCACGCGCUCUGGAGAAGACCUGAAGAGCCCUAACCUGGACCAGUCCAAACCUGACGAGUGCAGGUCAAUAAACAAGGAGAGCUUCAUGCCUUUGACUGUGCAGACGGACAGCGCGCACUUGGGCCACAACCACUUGCAUAAUUUCGGAUUUCCGCCAGGUUUAACCGGACAGCAGUUUUUCAAUCACCUUGGCAGCGCGCACCCGUUUCUGUUGCACCCCAGCCAGUUCAACAUGGGGGGUGCGUUCUCAAACAUGGCCGCGGGGAUGGGACCCCUACUGGCAGCAGUCUCCUCGGGAGGGGUGAGCACCAUGGACACGACGAGCAUGGCAUCGCCCCCCCAGAGCCUGACGGGGACGCCGGGCCUGCCCUUCCACCUGCAGCAACACGUCUUGGCAUCACAGGGCAUCGCCAUGUCUCCAUUUGGGAGUUUGUUCCCGUAUCCCUACACCUACAUGGCAGCAGCCGCCGCUGCUUCCUCCGCCGCCUCCUCCUCGGUUCACCGGCACCCGUUUCUGAAUGCGGUGCGCCCGCGCCUCAGGUACAGCCCCUACCCCCUCCCCAUGACGGUACCGGACAGCACCCUGCUCACCACGGCCAUGCCAUCCAUGGGCGGCGGAGGAGGGGGAGGCGGUGGCACCGAGCUCAAAGCGGACGGCAUAGUCCCCGCCAGCCCCGUGUCAGCCGUCACGCUGGACUCCACGUCGGAGGUGACCAGCCACUCAUCCACGGUGUCAUCCGGAUCCGUGUCUAUGUCUCCAAAAGCGGAGAAGGAGGCCGCGAACGAGCUGCAGAGCAUCCAGCGCCUGGUCAGCGGACUGGACUCCAGCCAGGACAGGGCGCGGAGCGGCUCGCCUUAAGACAGCAUGAAAACCCCAGAAAGACUUCUGACUACAUUUAGGACAGUCUCAGAUUUAUGCAGGUUGAGAAAAAAUAAAUAAAUAACUCCAAACGUGAACUUUUUGAUUUUUUUUUUAGUUUCUGAAAUGCACUUUGUUUAUUACACAUCUUUCUUUCUUUUUUAUUAUUACUAUAAAUUAAACCCUUCCCCUCCGGCAUCUGAAUACCGUACAAGUAUUGAAAGGAAGCGCUGGCAUGGCUGUGACUUUGGAAACUUUGGAAAAGUUGCUGCUUUUUCCUUGAAUUUUGUCACAUAAGGGAAAAAAAAGUAUUUGGAACAUGCACUCUGAAUCGAUUGGACUUCUUAAAAAAAAAAGAAAAAGAAGAAAAGAAAAGACUGCUGUAUUGUGUUGGAGCUUUGUGAACUGAUUGAUCGAUCGGUUGUUGCAUGUCCCCUGAAACCAGAAUGUUAUUUUAAAAUCUAAAAGGAAACAUUUAGUAAAGAUGGGAAAAAGAGUUCCAAAUUUAAAACUUCUUUUUAAAUUUCUUCAAUUUCUUUUUUUGAAAAAUAAAAAAGGCCUUAUUGAAUGAGUGCUGGGACAAACAGGCCCAAGCAUGAUUUUAGCCCAAACCAGGAAAGGGAACCAGACAUCUAAUUAAUUAAAACAAACAAAAAAAUGUUACUAUUGAUCAUUUGUGUAAAUAUGGAUAUAUAAAAUAUUUAUGUAAUUAUUUCAUAUUGGUAUUGCGUGUAAAUACAACGGAGUAGUUUGUUUUUAGGGAUCAGUUCUUAAUUUAUUAUCGAUGUACCUGUGUAAAAAGUUUGUGGAUUAUUAUCCUUUAACAUUUAUACCCCCCUCUUUAAAAAAAUGUCUUUAUGCCCCCUCCAAGAAAAGAAAAAAAAAGAAAAAAAGCACCUCAGCUGUAGUUACUCACACUCAUGUGCCAUUGUAUUUUCACCUGUUGUCCCCGUGUGUGAACUGUUUGAAUGAAAAGGCGACAACGCACUGCACCCAUGGCUUGAAAAUGAAUAUAUAUAUUUUUUUCUUUUGGAAAAAAUGACAAAAAUGGACACCCACCCCCCUUCCUUGCUCUCUCCUCCUCUUUUUAUUCCAUAUUUUGCGCACCUGAUCGUCAAAGUGCCGCAUAAUCGAUGAAAAAAAUAUGAAGGUUUUUUUUCUUUUUCUUUUUGUGUUUCUUAAGUUGUCAGUGGGUUUAUGUUGUACCGGAGUUAUGUCUAGUUUACAACAUCGACAUCGUGUUGUUGAAAGUUUCAAUAAAAAAAUAUUGAAAUGCU